AUGGCCAUCGAUACACGGACGGAUCAGAUCAGAGAAUGGAGGUCAAUUGUGACGUUGAUAGCCUUCUUCCUUGCGAACAUCGUCGUACUUUUCCCUUUCCACAUCCCAAUCUACGUUCCUGCGCGACUGUGGGAUGCGGUGUUGAAGGUGCUUCGCAAGCUGCGGGUGAUACCGCGCGAGGAAGACACUCACGAUGACUUCAAGGAGGGUCGCUUUGAGGGAAUAUCCCCUCGACGCAAGCGUUUCAAGCGCUUCGACUUCCCAAUGAACUCAAUUACUGCGCCAUUGAUCGCCGACUUGUUUCUCCUGGCCAUCUUGGCAAUUGGCAGGGAGGAAGUGUACGACGGAACCAUUGGCCAAAACGGCAUCCAUCCUCUCGAUAUCAUGGUUUUCUUUCUGACGCUGGCGUACAUUGCCAUUUCGAUUGACGCCUCGGGACUCAUUCGGUACUUGGCACUCAAGGUGCUUCAAUGGGGAGGCAAGGUCGGCUACCGGUUGUUCUUCUACCUCUACGCCUUUUUCUUCUGCCUGGGCACCUUCAUCGGCAACGAUCCCAUUAUCUUGUCCGGCACGGCCUUCCUCGCCUAUAUGACCCGAAUCUCGAACAACAUUAAGUACCCAAGAGCGUGGAUCUUCACCCAGUUCUCCAUAGCCAACAUCGCCUCAGCCAUUCUUGUCUCGUCCAACCCGACCAACCUCGUGCUUGCAGGUGCCUUCGACAUCAAGUUCGUCGAGUACACGGCCAACAUGGUUGUGCCAGUCGUCGUCACGGCCAUCGUCUUGUUCCCGUUUCUCCUCUACAUCAUCUUUGCAGACAAGAAGCUCAUCCCCGAGUCCAUUGAGAUGUUUCAACCGCCAGAGGAGGCCAUGCAAUCGAAGCCCGUCAACCCCAACAUCCCGAACCCCAGAGGAGCCGCAAGCAAUGCCGAUCAAGCGCCCGAGAGCAGUCCGCAAGCACAGUUGCUCUCAGCCAUUGAGAUUUUGAACCCCUGGCUUGACAAGGGAGGAGCUGCCUUUGGCGCUGUUGUCAUGUCGGUGACCCUAAUUACGGUCCUGGCUCUCAAUGCCGCAAACGUGAAACCGAAGGAUGAUCAGCACCUGCAAGUCUUUUGGGUCACUUUACCGGCCGCUUUCAUCAUGCUAUGCUGGGACCUGGCGUUCGGCUGGUCCCACAGAAAAGAGACUCGCCGCAUAGCACAACAGGGACGAGAGGGACAGGACGAGGAGCUUGUCAGGGCAGAGGAAGGCAUUAGAGAGAAGGGCAACGCGGGCAUAUUGGGCCAAGAAGACACAAGCUUGGCCCAAGAGACGACAGAGGUGUCGCCAAUGUCACAUGCAACCAGACCAGAGAUUCAUAUCCAAGAUACCGACCUUCUGGAAGAUAAGGAACGCCUCGGAGUUGCAAAUGAGGAGGUUUCGCCAGUCAGCAACGAUUCGAGCACGAAUGCGUCGGAGCGGAACGCUACUGAUGCCGAGUUCAUGAUUACUCCAGCAAUCCCAGCAUCGGGAAACAGCGACAGUGUGACCGGCAAUGCAGGCCCGCAGCUCAUAUCUUCACAGUCUACAGCCGUGGAAAGAACGGAGAAGGCCGAUAUCAGCAAAACACCGAGCGAGGGUUCUACGGAAAGUAGGAGACGAGCUGUGCCAGCUGCGGCCAGUGGGCCUGGCGAAGCACAAACGCUGCCAGAUGGGGUUACGGAUAUUGAGAAGGGGACCACUGGAAGACAAUCCCGCCGAAGCUCGAGUUUCCGCUCCAAGAAGCAACCGGCGACGCUGGUAUCGCGCUUCAAGGACGGGUAUCGUUGGUCACAAGAGACAUUCCCCACGGUGAUGGCGGUGCUAUCUCAUCUACCCUUCGCCCUCGUCCCUUUUGCCUUUGCCAUGUUCGUCCUUGUGCAAGCUCUCGUCACCAAGGGCUGGGUACCGGUGUUUGCGUACGGAUGGGAUCACUGGGUUGAGAAGACGGGAACGAUUGGUGCCAUUGGUGGCAUGGGGUUCCUCUCGGUCAUCCUCUGCAACUUCGCGGGUACGAAUAUUGGCACCACAAUCCUACUCUCCCGCGUGAUCCAGGCGUGGCAGCAGAUCCACCGAGAAAAUGGCGUGCCCAUCAGCGAGCGCACUUUCUGGGCGACGGUCUACAGCAUGGCUCUCGGAGUCAACUACGGCGCCUUCAGCACCGCCUUCAGCGCAUCGUUGGCUGGCCUGCUGUGGAGGGACAUUUUGGAGAGAAAGCACAUCUUUGUCAGCAGGAGGGACUUUGCAAGGGAGAACAUACCCAUCAUCGCCAUUGCCAUGACGGUCGGUUGCACGGUUCUGGUUGGGGAGAUUUACAUUACUCGAACGGACGAUGCGUAUCCGCUGUGA